AUGAACGAUACGACCGUCGACAUAUGCUCCGGCUUCCAAGAAGAGAUCCAACCGAUCGACUGCUACAACUCGACCUUCGUAUACUACAGUAUCGACUUCUGCGACGCCGGCGCCAUUGGUGAAUCACCAUCUGUCACGUCCACGCCUACGCCUACGCCUACGCCUACGUCGACGUCGACACUGUCGUCCAUACCACCUCCCCCAAGCUCCUCAGGCGUGUCGACGGGCGCGAUAGCAGGAGCAGCAGUUGGAGGAGGCAUCGGUCUGGGCAUAAUGAUUGGAUUAGCGGUGUUCUUCAUCAUGAGGAGACGGCAUUCGUCACGCCCACGAGAGAUGUCGGGUUCUACGGAGCUUACUAGCGUGACACCGUAUGAGGUCCACGCAAAGCAUAUUCAGGAGUUGGGACCAGGAGCGGUGGCAUACAAACACGAACCUGUGGAAAUUGAACAACCGCCUGUUGAAAUCGGGGGUAUGGAGGUGCGACGUGUUGAAGAGAAGGGGCCGCGAUAG